AUGAGCAGAGAGGAUCGACCGAGCAAUAGCUCCCAUUUAGUGAAAGCGAAAAUCAGUAACGACUUAAAAGAAGCUGAGGACUCGAGGAAGGGAAAGAGUCAAGCGCUCAACUGCAAAAAGGUAAGCUGGGUAGCAGACAAAAUAUAUAUAUACAUGUAUAGUCAAUUCUAAAAUGGCCAUAUAGUACGUUUACUAUUUACAGUACUAAGUCUCGAUCCAUAAGCUUAAGGGUAAAGUGAAGAAGAGAAGAUAAUUUUAACAGAAUUGUUCAGUUGAAUAUCAUAUUUUUCAGAUCAGUGCCAACAAAUGGCGUUAUUAUUUACUGUUUAAAAUUUGAUUAAAACAAAAGUUUGGAGCAAAGUUACUUUCAGGAUUACAGGGAUGGAAUCAUAUUAAAGUUCGUUGAAAAUACCGUUUAAUCAGCGCUAAGACUUCGUGAACGUAAGUCAAGAAAAGGAUUUUUAAAACAACCGGAAAACUUACCAAGUUUCGGCUAGUCUUUUGUCGUCCAUUUUUUCAGUCAGGAUGUGGAAAGAUAUGUCCAAAAGAUAGCCGCUCUUUUUCUGUUUGCAACAUGCAAAAACUUAAAACAAGAACUUUAGCCGCAUUUUAAAAAAUGGCGGACCAACACAUGACACUUGACAUUAACACUUGACAUGUCAAUCAAUCAUGUCCUCCCCAGGCCCUUGUCUGCAGUUAGCGGACUCAUAUUAAAAGAAAACUUGUUUACUUAUUUAUUUUUUCUCCAUCUUAUUAGGGAAUGAACAGGAUUAACAAAGGCAGCAAGGACCAAGCUGACCUUUUCCAGAUAUCGACGUCGAAUUUGUCGAAUUCUUCCUUCCAAGAACAAGAAGAGAUCAAACCGGAAAUUAUGAACAACAUCAACUUGGAAGGUAAGCAAAAAAUAGAAGUGGGUCGUGAUGGAAAAGACUACAUUUACAGGAGUUAGGCCUCAAGCCAGCCUCCUCCUCAGGCGCUUCGUUUUUCGCAUGGCAGAGGCGAGCGCGAAACGAGUGACUGGUGAUGAACCGCAAGGGACCAUGGGAAGGGUACAGACGGCAGGCGAGUCUCCUUCCCGCCUUCCUUUGCGCGCAAAUUUUCAUCAAAAGAGAGACGUCUGGGUACGAGGCAGGCCUCAGACCUUUCCGGGGGUCUGAUCAACUCAACACCGCGGCAAAACGUCCACGCAUGCGCCAGGUUGAGCAUUUCCGGUCUCUUUUUCAGUCACAUUUUCCAGUCAGAUCAAAGUCUCCCGCGCGCGCUCGGCCUUAUUCUGUGUGCAGCUUGUGGUUCAGUUGUUCUGCUUCAUGUUGCUCGUGUUUUUGACUGUUUUGUAGUUAUUGAAAUUGCUUUUAUAGAUAACCAGGCACAGAUCACUGAAACAAUUAAUCGUAUAGAUUCAGAAAAGGUAAGAUGAUAAUAACUCAGUGUGUAAUUUUGGCUAGAGCGUCAGGUAAACUGAUUUUCAUUCACGAAAACAAAGUUUUUGACUGUUAUUUUUCAAUUAACCUGGCUGAAACUGAGACAUAAAAAGUUGUCAUUGCAAGCUUGUCUAUUGUAGUUCUAAUUUUCAGUUCUUCAGUUUCUCAGUCUUCAUGUGUUAAAGCCGAUUCGAGCUUCAUUUGGAAAACGACAACACACAAUCGCUUUGAAGUUUUAUUUAUCAGUGAGUUACCGUGUUUUGAAACGAAACUCUUCUUAGUUGAUUGCCAUGAAACAUAAGCUUAAUUAUAUUGUUGAAGUUGGCAGCAAGUUGACAACUCUAUUAAUUUUUUUCAUUCUCAGAAUCAGAGAGCGAAAGCUGGUUUGAUGGCUUUUAGAAUUCGAACUUUUAAUGCUAUAUGUAUUUAGCAGCUGGAAGUUUCGUGUUUGCAUGAGAUGCAGCCGAGCCGCACAGUCUGAAAUUAUUGAAGUCUUCAACCAAAGAAUAACCAUGUAAAAGAAUUAAAUAGGCAUUUUCUUGAAUGAAAGUCAUUUAUAGGCAUGUUUAGUUUCGCGGCACUGAAAACUCCGGGUGUUCGUGACUGCAGUCAUGAAAGUUGAAGUUGUUAUUAAAUCCCGCCCAUCUCUUGUUUUGAGCUCUUGUUUUCUCCGAUAAUAAAAAAAUUAUUAAACGGACUAAAAUUUUUAUGUCCUGGUUUUAGUGUUAAUGAUAAUGAUGACGUCUUUAUUUUGGUUUCUUUCAUAAGUAUUGUUAUUCUUUUCUUAGUUGUCGCCUUCUCCCACAACUUAUGCCAAACCAGUAGCAUGCAAGAAAGCCAGUAAAAACAAAUUCGUCCGUGUCGAGCGCUCGCGACCUGCAAACUUCAAACACAAUUUUCACCGUUGGUGCAAACAGAUAACCAUGUGGUGCAAAAGUUUGACGCUAGAAAAAUAUAUAAGCUUUCGAAUGAAGUGAUUUUUUUCGCCCCCUUUUUCGUCCGUUUCUCCCUUUUUGCUUUUAAACUUGGUGCGACGGCAAUGUUGUGCUUACGCAAUUGGUUUAUAUACUAGACCGGAAAUAAAAAGCUGACCGGAUGUUAAAUUUUGUGCUCAUGCCCAGUGCGUUUUGCCGCGGUGUUGAUCAACUCACCGUAAUAUAGCGCUGUUUUCUCAGACAGCCUGAAUCAUAAAAUUGCGGGAGGCCUGGAGGCAUCUUUAGUAGGCAAGAAUCUCAUUGAUUCGAAGGAAGAAGCCGAAAUAUCAAGCGGGUUUUAAAAACAGAAAUCAAAUUUAUCUCUCGUCAAGUGGGUCUCUUUUUCGGGAGCGUUUAAUAUAAAUAUAGCGCUUUACAUAAAAUGAAAUAAAUGAAUGAGCAAAUAUCCCUUUUUAAAGUCUUUCUAAGGCCCUUAGAAAGACUUCAAAAAAGGAUAUUUAUUCAUUUAUUAUUUAUUAGCUACAUCGCUUCUUACAGCAACUUUUUUAAAACGUAAUGAUUGGCACCGAAACUGACAGGAUUUGAGCUAAAUAUGUUAUUAUUUGCAAGGGUGUCAGAAGAAUUGAUAUGGGAACUAUACUCGAAUACCGGACUUUCUGAUUACGGCCCCAUUCUGAAUCCCUGCCAACGCAUACUACAAAAUGAAAACAAUAAUGAGACCAGCACAUAUCACUGAUAAAUUACUAUCACCUAUAAGGGGAACGUUUGUCCCAUUUGACUCUCUAGUAUGUAAGUUUACGCCUGUACUUAGCUGGGGAUUCUUGUAUCUAAUUUUUGGCAUCUGCAGAUAAUCUUGAUCAUUACCAUAUGGAAUAUGAGCUCGGAGAAGGUGGAUUUGGCCGAGUCAUUGCCGCAACACGAAAGGCUGAUAAUGUACCGGUAAGAAAUGGAUAAAAAUAGUAGGAUGUGAUAUGUGAGAAGAUCACUGAUAAAUUAAAUAAAAGAAGUGCAAAAUAAACCAAAUUUCAAUAAACCUAUACUAGGUAAUAUACUGUUGUGUACGUUGAAUUGCACUUUCUUUUAUCUUUUCAGUAAUGCAGCAGCAACUAUUGUAACAUCUAUUUGUUCACGUCAUUUGAACAACUGUGUAUGUAAUUCUCUGGCUUUGGCAUCCCAUUUUAAUCUCUAAUUUUAGCUAUACUAUAAAGAUAAUAGAUGGAUAUAGAAUGGAUUUUAUUUUUCUGGAGGAUCCUACGUUAAAUUCAAAGCCUAUAACAAAGGAUAUCAAUAAAAUGAUGUGCAGAUACUGUGUGGAUUUACUAUCAAAAAAUACUGAUAUCUGAUUCUUUGUUGAAUUUUAGGUGGCCAUUAAAUUUGUCGAUAAACGCUCCGUAAAGGACCUUAAAGAGGUUAGUCCAAAUCAACAAAUUAAAGUCUGACGAACAUAUCAUUUCUCUCAUUCGUGUGUUUAUAGUAUCACUUUUCAGGCCGGAUUAAAUCAUGCCAAGAGAGAAUAAUGGAACGGGCGGGGAAGGAAUCGUAGGGUGUUGGCCGGAAUAUGUGAAUUUUGCUAAAGUUAUUUUUAGAAGUUGUAAUUAAACGGAGGAUCGGCACAUUUUAAUCGAUUGAUUGAGCAGUCAUCAAGUCCACACGUGACUGCUUCAAAGGAAUUCUCUUUUUUGAACAACACUGAAGAAAAGUUUGCGGACCCUUCCAGAAUCAAACUUCCGAUUAAUUUCAAACGCUUAAUUUGACUAAAAAUAACUCAGUGUGUGAAGUUCACAUAUCCCAGGGUCGGCUAGACUGGGCGUUUCCCUGUCUGUCCCUUUAUUCUCUCUUGAUCAUGUUUGUCUAUUUUAUAGCAAGAAUAGAAAAUUUUAGCAUUUACCAAAGCAGUGAAUAGUACUUUUCGCGCGUUUUGAUUGGCUCCCGUACCACGGAAUAUCCUGGCUAUUCACCAGCUAUUCAAUGUUUUGCGCGACCAGAGCCAAGAUGGAGUCUCGCUUCGAGACAUUUUCGGAACACGAGAUUUAGGGCCCGGUUCAGACGGCGAACUUUUCAUGAGCCGAACCUAGUACAUUUAAUUAAGUUCGUAAAAAGUUCGGCGUCUGAAUCGAUUAGGAACGCCUGUUUCAAUUUGGAACGGCUCAGCCGUUCUUUUCGCCUGGCCCGCCGGGAAUUUCUUCUUUGGAACGACUUUGGAACGGCUUCGAUUCAGACGCUGAACUUUUCAUGUACCGAACCUAAUGCAUAAAUUAUUAUAACGUAUUUUGUAAGCAGUUUGACCGAAAUGAGCAUUUUCCACCUUUUGAACAAAGUUUAGCUGCAAUUAAGAUCGGCGUCUGAAUCAAUUCAGCCGGUCUAAAUAAUUUUGGUCGGCCACAAUUCCGAUAAGGUUCAGCUCUUGAAAAGUUCGGUGUCUGAACCGGGUCUAAGCGAUAAAUGAAGUAGUCGUACAAACAAAUACUAAAAAAGUGACUAGCUUUGGUUUGUCGGUGCUUACUGGUAGGUAGAAAAUUAUUUUCCUGUUGAAUUUGCAACAAAAUCGGAAAAAUGCUCUUGACAAAAUCCCGGAAAUGUUUAUAAAUUGUAAAUAAAGUUCCUACUAAGUGACAUUUUUAAUUUACCAAAAGUUACUUCUUUCAUUUGUAUCCAGCUGAUUUGGUAAAUACUAAAACAACUAGGCCCCUCAGGGUCGGUGAACAGCGCUAGGUAUAUACCUCCACUCUUCGGGUCUGGGUAUACAUCAACACAACUAUUCAUCUCUCCUUCGGGGGAUAGCUGUAUAAUAUUACUCAUGAACUCGUUCAAAAUAACCAUAGUGGAAUAACUGUUUAGAGUCGUCCUAUCCUCAUUAUUCCUUAAAGGUGAAUGGUAAGAAAAUUCCAUCUGAGGUUUAUUGGAUGAUCAAGGUUCAACAUCGUCACGUGAUUAAAAUCUACGAUUUUUUCACAACGGGCAACCAUUACGCUUACGUCAUGGAAAGGCCAGGAAACUGUCAGGAUUUGGGCAGCCUCUUAUUUGAUAAAACAAUGACAGAGAAAGAAGCUCGGCGGUAUUUCAAACAGAUCAUUGAAGCCAACAUCAAAUGCGAAGAUCGUGAUCUUAAACCAGAAAAUAUCCUGGUUGAUUUAGAUUCCGAUGAAGUCAAACUGAUCGACUUUGGUCUGGCAUCUGAGAUACAGUAUGAACCUUAUAGUGUGUUUAGAGGUACGUUAUAUGUUAGCUAGUCAGUUUGUUUGUUUGUUUGUCUUUUUAGUAUGUUUCAGUGAAAAAGAAGUAACGUGCUUUUAAUACUAUAUACUACUAUUAUAAUAGCUCGCGUUGUUCAAACCAUUUCUUGACUUUAAUGGUUGCUGUUUUAAAUGUUACAGGUACCAGGGUUUAUAUGGCGCCGGAAUAUUUUAGAUUCGGAUGGUAUGAUGGCUGCCAGGCUACUGUCUGGGCUUUGGGGAUGAUCUUAGUAGACAUGCUAUCUCCAUAUAUGGCGUUCAGUAAGCCCGAACAGGCCUAUAACAGGCCACCCAGGAUCCCACAUCACCUAUCGCCAGGUAAUAUCAAUAAAUACAUCUUAUUUAGCACGCUUGAGGAACAAAAUUCUAGGGCCAAUAAUAACGUAAUACGCUGUCCAUGACAAAUUUCAUUUAGAAGUGAUAGAACUAUACUUCAGGAAUAGAAAGGAAAAACAAGGAAAUCGAGUUUGUUACUCAAAAAAUAUCUGGCCCGCAAAUAAGACUUGUUAUCAUUCGCUGCAAAUUUUUCUUGCUUUUCAUUGGCCGAGAGCCCAAAUAGCUGCCUUCAAAUAAUGGUCUGCUCGUGCGCAAUGUCGUCCGUCUUGGUUUGGCUUUGGCUGCAAAUAGCAUUCUGCUCAUGCGCAAAUGAAACCACGCUUUUCUCCUUCUUGCGAUCGCUGUUGCAUGAAAAUGGCAGAUCGCUUCGCUUCCCGAAGAUAUUCAUUUUAAAAAAACUGUGAUCGAAUGAUAAAACAGUCAUUGGACAAGGUUGAGAAAAAUAUCGUGAUUUGUCAGUGGCGAGCAGACCAAUUAUUUGCCGAAGCCGAACCCCUUAGCCUUGAUAAAUUGAUCCACCCCAAAUUCAAACUCGACACAAAUAGUCUCAACGUAGUCAACGUUUGUAAUCAGUACUGUAAUCAGUUUGUAAUCAUACUGCAUAUUUAGAAACCUAGACUGAGACGUUCUGCUACAUUUGGUAUAUUUUAACGGCUUUUUUUUACACAUCAAUCUAUUAAUUAAUUUCAUUUCAACAGAGGGCAAGAACUUGAUCAGCUCGUUGCUGAAUCUUGUACCGAUGAAUCGACCAACACUGCGACAAAUUUUGAACCAUCCUUGGUUUACUAUGCAAGGUAGGUACACAAUGCUUAUAAUGUAUACUGCUUUUGACUUGCAUGAUUGCAACAACUUUGUCUCCUUUGCCCAAUGCGGUGCCUUUAUAAUUUUUGACUCUCUUUACGGUCUCUACGAGCGUGAAGCCCGCACAAAGCAUUGCUCGGAGUUCCUACAAAAUUCCUUUCAAGAAUAGGCAUUCUCGCUUGACUUUUUUAUUUUUGAUGUCUUUGCAAAGAUUUAAACUUUAAACAAGGCUCUUGUAUUUUUUAGGUUCACCGGAAAACGUUUCUUCAAACUUCUUUGCGUAAGUUUACAUGUUAAACACAUAUCGUGUCCUUAUUUGGUGACUGGAUCCCAAGAAAAACUCUUUUGUCUUAACAAAGAAUUCUCUAGCUACUGCGAGCAGCAAAAGCAGACUGGGAUGACUGGUUAUCGGCCAUGAAUCCUCUUUUAUUCUUACAAGCCCAAUCCAUCAGUUGAACCUAUUUAUGUUGUUUCUAAUUUCGUUACUAAGGAGCAGUUGUCGUGAAUGCAUAUCGCUUUCCACUAAUUACAAAUAUGAUUUGUUUUCUGAUUUUUAGCAAGGACAAAUGCUGUGAUGAAGCAAGUGAACUUUCUUCGGUGACUUUGUGCGGUCUGCAGAGUUAUUCUCUGACAAAACAGGAUGAAACCGACCGAGUUGAAUUGAUUGCCAAACAUUGCUUGCACAGUAAGUGCUUUUCAUUUCCGUGUUACGUUCUAAUUUCAGAAUGAUGAAAUUCUAGACGAAACAUAAAAAAGGCUGGGCUGCUCCCAUGAACGCUCACUUAAACUAAGUUUGAAAGCCCUCUGCCUGCACAAGCGACGUCUCCUUCAAAAAAACUUCAACUUGAACAGAAAGCUUUUUUUCAUUUCAUUUCUGUUGAUAAUCAUUUGUGAGCGCGCAACUCUAAUAAGAAUCCCCAGUGUUAAUUUGAUAAUCCAUAAUAACUUACAGUCGUUGAAGUCGAGUGUACUAAAACUUUUAGUCGAUAUUUACCGAUGUUCAGAACGUUGACGUUGAUGACAUCACCCAUCUUCAAGCUGUCAUGAUCAGAGAACGUAACUAUCAGAGAGAAAUUUCCCAACAACAAUGAUCUUAUCAGUUCAUCUGCUGCCGUUUUCAAACAAUCCCUCAAACAAAUAAAGGUAACACAGCUUGUAGUUUUCCCGCCCAAACCUUUCUUUGUUGUUAUUCAGGUUCAUCUGUGUCAGGUUCUAGUUCGACCGACAGCACCACAUCCUUUAGCACCAAUUCUUCAAGGUCAGUGCAAAGGGAGAUAAUCGCUUCUCCGUAAUUAAUAAAUCGAGCACCAAUUUAAAAUAAUUUUUGAAAACAAGAAAACGUGUGUUUUUGUGUUUUUAACAGGCAAAUGGACUGACUAUCUGAACUGAAGCUUUAAACAUGAUCAUAUUGAUGUCUUUCUAUGUCAUAGCCUCAGUCCUAAUCUGAAUCUAAGAAAAAUGCCGGCUCGGAGUCUGAUUUCAUUGUUCUUUUGUUUCAUUUCCUGCUGUUUCCCAAUAAACCAAUAAAAGAAAAUGAAAACGAAACGAAAGAACAAAACACCCGUGUUCCCACCCCCACGUCAGCGUUUCUCUUGAUACCCGACCACUAUCUUAGCCGAACGCUGAGCUAUUGCCCCUUUUUAAGAGAGGCGGAAUCUGGCAGAAUGAAAAGGCUGUUUCAUCGAUUAGACUUCCGUCCACCAAAUAUAGAAAUCAGUUUUAAUAAGUAAAUCAAUGAAUAACUACAUUUAAAUUAACCAUUGAAUAAAUUAAUAAGAAAGGAUUUAAAGCAAAAUAAAAAAGCGAAAGAAAAUGUACUUUUUACGAGAAAGGUAUGUCUUUGUUGUUUUCAGAGAUUCUAUUGAAAGCCACUCUUUUAAGUCGUCAAAUUCAUUGGCGGUUAUUACAUCCUUUGAAGUAGAGUCUCAAUCGUUUGUGGGUAUACAAAACACAAGCAAGUUAACUGUCAUGAAAGAGGAUAUUCAAGGAACUGAUUGCAACAUUUUUCAACCCUUGACUGUGUUGUGUAUGAUGUGGUAUUGUGGCUAUCACGCCACUGUUUUGGCUUUGGUAAUGAUCGUAUUGGACAUGACUUCUCCAUAUAUGGCAUUUAGUAAGACCAAGCUGGUCAAUGAACGGUCCACAAGAGUCUCCCCGCGACUUCUUUCACCAGGUAAUAGAUACUUUAGAUACUGCAUUAUCUCCGCAACAGUCAGCCCAUAAAUAAGAAAUUUAUUGCACCCGAAAAGGAAAUUCGCCCCGUUUCGUGCUUGGCUUAGUCGGGUGGUAUGGAAUACUUACGACAGGAAUAUGGUAUGAAAAAAUAGACAAGUCGACUUAGAGCGCAAUCUCUGCAAAAACCUGAACUUCUAUCGAUCUGGAACAUCUCAAAGUCAUAGUACAUCAAUCUCGUUUCCAAAUUUCAGCUGGUGUCUUCCUGCAGGAUAAAGUUCAGCAUCAUCACGCAGUGGAACGGGCACUGAACUGCGGCCAGGAUUCAGGUACUGAUAUGACUGAUAAAAAUGUUAUUUACAAUCACAAUAUCGUAAUUCUACCUCAUUCUGACGUUGAUUAGUUUCAUAGGCUGCACUAUAGUUAAUUAAAGUGGAAUAGUUGGGAAACCCGUUAGGCUCUUUUAUUAUAUGUUUUUGUUAGCUUUUUUUGGACCUGACCGUGCACAACGUUCAAUAGCAUUCCUAUCAUUUUGAACUUACUGACCAAUAGAAACAUUUCAUUAAUUUAUUCAGUCACAAUUUGUGAACAAAAAACAAAGGAUUAUUCACGGUCAGGGAGCUUCCGACAUAAACUACAGCACCGUUGUUUUCCUUUUUUUUGUUUGCCGGCUUUCCUAACCAGUCUCCUCUACUAACUAUGGCUGCGCAGUGUCGUCUAUUAACAGAUUUGAAAUGAGCUUUGUUACUAAUGGUUAUAAUAGGUAUAUUUUGUAUAUCAACAAAAAUAAGGAAUAUUUUUGUCGUUUUUGCGGAGAGCAUGAAAGAAACACAAAAAGGAGAGGGUCCCAGCGAUCCGCCAAAUUGUUUCCAAUGAUUUCAAAAGGCUUUGCGGUGCGUUGCAAUGUCAAAUAACAUGUUAUGAUUUCAUGUUUUUGUUGAGAUUUAAAUUCAUUGUGAAAAGUCUCUUCUUUUCUUGUAGGUCCCGUAGAAUACUCUUCCUCCAAUUUGUCUGAGUAAGUUUUAUGCUGAACACAUUCAUCAUGAACUUAGUGACUGUAUCCGAAAAACGUUCGCAGACCACGACUGAACAAGUGCCUCGGUCUAACAGGAAAGAUCAAACUUAAGUCCUCAACCAGCCAUUGUAAAGGAGAAUACAUGCACUGACACUGAGAGUACAAUAGUCAUUCUUCGUGCGCUCUUUUAAGCCUGCAGAAUCAUUCGAGCCAUUUUAUUAGAUUUAGUCAAGACGGCUAUCUUUUUUUUUAAUGUAGCCUUUAGAUACAUUCUGCUUGCCACUACUACAAUACGAUUUGUUUUCUGAUCUUUAGCAAGGACAACUGUUUGAGCUCACCGGCUCUUACUAAAGAGGAGGAAACUGACCUAACAGAAUUGAUCGCUGAAGAUUAUUUGUAUGGUAAGUGUUUUUUAUUUUCGUUUCGUUCUAAACCGCAUUCGAAAAGCGUGGAAAACAGCUUCUCAUCAACUUUCUAAGAGUCCUCAGCUUGCUUAGCUCCUAAACAUUCUAAACAACAUGUCUUCCUGCAAGGGAAGCAAACUCUCCUAGUUGGGUGUCGGUUGCCUCACCCAACAAAAAAGCCUCGCCCAAAACAACACCGUAUAACAAAGGUAAAACUCUCCUGAGCUCAUGGGAUGCCGUCCAUAAACAUCAUUAACCCAAUGUCGAGUCAAGAAGUUUUUCGAACUGAGCAUCGGUAAUAAUGAGUUGACAUUUUGUAGUUCAAUGGAAAAAGUGAAAUGAGUAUUCGUUACAAUAGAAUGAGAAAAUCAAGUUUUUCUUAAGUGGCGUAUUUAUCCAAUAAUUUUAGGCAUUCCAUGUACCAGAGUUUAUAUGACUGCGCCGACAAACUUUAGCCGGCAUGAUGGCUGCCAGGCCAUUUUCUGGGCUUUGGAGAUGAUUCUAGUGGAAAAGCUUUCUCCUUAUAAGGCGUUUAUUGAGCCAGAGAAGGUCCAUAAACGGUCAAACAGAAUCCCGGAAUAUCUUUCUCCAGGUAAUUUCAUAAUCUAUUUUUAAUUAUUUACCGAUCGCAAAAAACCUUUGAGCGAUGUCAUGCUAUGACACUGUCUAGUGUCCACAGCCACUUUGGUCCUUAAAAAGACAAAAGAAGACCAAAAUUAAUUAAGUUUAACUUUGGUGUCAGCGUCUUUAGGGAAUCUUGAAAGACAAGCUGUUCUAAUUAAAAAUCCUUUUUUGAUUGAAUGGUUUUAGGUGUUUUAACAGACGCGGAAAAGCUUAAACUUGGAUGGUAUGAUGGCUGCCAGGCAACGGUCUGGGCUUUGGGGAUGAUCGUGGAAAUUCACUCUCCAUAUAUGGUUUUCAGUGAGCUUGAGCAGGCCCGUAAACUGCCUACCAGAAUCCAGAAACUUCUUACUCCAGGUAAUUUUAUAAAUCUAUUUUAUUUACCAAACGUUAGGACUAAACACUUAUGGGCGAUGUCAUUCAAAGACCAUAAAGUCCACUGUCCACAGCAACUUUUGUCUUAAUAUCAUUAUUUUUGGUUAUUCAGGGUCAUCUACGUGUUUCGAUUUGGAUCUGAAGAUAUCACUUUCCAGCGUAACCUUUUCCAGGUAAGUAAAGAUGUCAGUAGUAUGAUAAUAACAGCAUGCAUAUUUGAUUUACGAAAAAAUCACGGGGUGUCUGUCUUUUUUAUCCUUAUCCCACCAAAGCCAUUUACAUUUUUUCCACGCCAAAAUUUUCCAAAGCUCUCAGAGCAGAUAGACCCUCCUCAGUAAAGGUAUUAUAAUGAAUUGCGCGUUACAAAGCACCUUUAGGCUUGCUCUAGGUCAAUAGGGCCGCCAAACGAGACUUUUUUUUCUAUACAAGCUACUAACUGUAACUGUUAUCUUCAGCACAAAAAAGUCAUUGAGAACCUUUUGAGAGACAUACCCUCUUGUUAUUUUCAACAGGAACAAAAUAAAGGACUCUGAAAAGCUGUCUGCUCCAGUCAGUGAAACUGUGUUAGAGUAUGAGAAAAGUUUUCAAGUUGAACACCAGAGGAGAUUUAUUGAAGUUAUUUUUGUCAGUCCUUUGACAAGUAUUUUAAUAAAGGUUUUAUCCUCGACUUUUAUUUGUCUGCUUUACUGUCGCAUGCACAUAAACAAAACACACCAAAACUGUUCGUACUCUGCAUUGACAGCACGCGAGCAACCGAAA